AUGGCACUCGAUUUAAAAACAAAAUUAGACAAAGAAUUAAAAGAUGAUGCUGAAAUUCGUAACCUUUGGUUAGAGGGCAUUCAUAACCGAGAUCAUCGACAAACAUUUAAAAAGAUCAAUGAAUUUUAUGAUUUUAUAAUUGUUGGAGCCGGGACUGCAGGAUGUGUAUUAGCGAGAGAAUUGAUUUAUAAUAUUCCAAAUAUUAAUAUUUUGGUAUUAGAAGCUGGUCCACCAAAUAUACAAGUUAAUGAUAUAAUGCGUUCACCAUGUGCUUAUCCUUCGGUUAGUCGAACAAUUGAAACAGAUUGGGGAUAUUAUACAGAAAAUCAAAAAAUGCCCGGUAUUGUUGACCCUACUAAAGAAGUAUUAAAUAAAGGAAUUAAUUAUUCACGUGGCAAGGUUAUUGGAGGAUGCAGCACUGUGAAUGCAAUGAUUUAUACACGAGGUCAAAAAGCUGAUUACGAUCUUUGGGCUGCUCAAGGUCCCGAAUACAAAAUUUGGGAUUAUGAUCACUGUCUCGAAGCUUAUAAAGCGGUUGAAAACAAUACGCGUAAAAGUCCUGAUGAAGAAUUUAAAAAAUAUCAUGGGUUCAAUGGUUUGCUUUAUGUACAAGAUGGACAAAAUGAUUUCGAUGAUAUUAUAAAAGAUGUUAUCAAAGUUGUAAAAAAUCUUGGAAUUCCCUAUAAUAAUGAUUUCAAUGGCGUUAGACAAAAUGGAGUAGGAAGAUAUCAGCAUACGAUGAAAGAUGGAAAGCGCUUUUCAUUGGCUGAUGGUUAUUUAACAGAUGCAUUAAAAAAAGUUGAGACUUAUCCUCCUUCGAAACCAUUCGAUAUAGGGUCUCCUCAUGGAUUAAGCGAUAAUGCUGCAAAAUUCGUGGCAGUUAAUGUUAAAUCUUUUGCUCACAUGUUGAAUAUUAUUUGGGAUGAAGAAAAGAAAGAUGAAAAUGUUGCAAUUGGCGUGAAAUAUUUUUAUGACGGCAGAGUUCAUAAAUCUUUUAUUGCUCCAAAGGGUGAAGUGAUUAUUUGUGGUGGUGCUUUUAAUAGUCCUCAGAUUUUAAUGCUCUCUGGAAUCGGACCAAAAAAUAAUUUAGAAGAAAAUAAUAUCAAAGUUCGUAAAGAAUUACCGGUCGGACGCAAUUUAUUUGAUCAUCCUUCAUGUUGCAUCACUGCCAAAGUUUCUGUUCCAAAUAGUACUAGUACCUCUCAAUUACAUUAUUCGAGUAGUGGACUGGAACUUGGAAUGUUUUAUAAGGGUGAUAUUAAAGGAAAAGUUCCUAGUCAAGAACAUUUCCUUGAUGAACGUCCUGAUAUUCAAUUUCAUGGGAAAAAAAAUGACGUUCUCACCCUUGUAUCGACUCUUAAUCUUCCAUCAAGUGUUGGUCAUUUGGAAUUACGUAGCUCUAAUCCAUUUAUACAUCCAAAAAUAUUUCUUAAUUAUUAUGAAAAACCUGAUGAUUUAUAUUUAAUGAUGAGCAGUCUUAAAUUGUCACGUGAAAUAUUUAAACAACCUCCGUUAAGUACUGUUUGGGGCGUUGAAUCUGAUGUAGACAAAGAGAUGAGUGAUGAAGAUUGGGAACAUUAUAUUCGUAAAAAGGCAUUCUCAUCAUCCCACGCAUGUGGUACUGUAAAAAUGGCACCAGAAUCUAAAGGGGGAUGUGUUAAUCACCGCCUUCAAGUUUAUGGAACCAAAAAUCUUCGAGUUGUUGAUGCUUCAAUUUUUCCAACUAUUCCAGCCGGUAACCUUAAUGCACCUACCGCUGUGGUUGCAUGGAAAGCGAGUAGAUUAAUCGAGGAAGAUUAUAAAAAUAAAGCAUGAUAAUCAAGAAAGGAUUCUUUUAUUUUACAGUAUAUAACGAAAAGAAAUUAUCGUAAAAAAAAUUCCGCAUAUCUCAAUACAUAUAAUUAAUAAGCGGCUGAAAAUUUAUUUAUAAAAAGCUAAUAACACUUUAUUAAGCGUAUUAAACGU